CAGCACUCUUGUAUUAAAGUUUGUUUAUUCCGACAGUCUUAUCGAAUAUGUCUCGUCAAUUCACUACAUAAACUGUCUACUUCACUACAUGACACUGCACAUACAUAAAAGAAAUGCAUCCAGAGACAACUAUUAUUAUAAUUUGGAGUGUCAGAUUGACUCAAACUUGGUAGAUGGGGGUGUUUGGAUGAUAAGCAUUUCAAAAAAUCUCCGCGUUCUUUUCUGUUUGUUUCAAUCAUGACACAAUAAUGGUGUUUGGCUAUAUUACGAUGAUCUUGAUUGUUUGGAAAUUAAUUCGGAAGAAGCAAAAAUCUGUGGAAAUCCACUGCAACAUUUGUCGUUAUGAAAUGCUUUCUUGUGGAUCGUGUGCUACUGCCUCCAGAUGAUGAUGCUUGUGGUUCGCCUAAAUGGAUCGGUAAGGGUCUCACUUGCGUUUGCUUCAAGCGAAAGGGAAAUUAUCAGCGGAUUUGUAUGAACUUGACACCCCUUCAGGAAGAAAGAAUGGGGCGGUUGAAGCAAAGAAUGAAGGUUUACUUUGAUGCUACUAGGCCGGAUCACCAGGAAGCGCUGAGAGCUUUAUGGUACGCUACAUUUCCUGGACAAGAGCUUAAUGGUUUGAUAUCUGAUCAAUGGAAGGAGAUGGGAUGGCAAGGAAGAGAUCCGUCUACCGAUUUCAGAGGAGCUGGAUUCAUUUCUUUGGAGAACCUGCUGUUCUUUGCAAAGACAUUUUCGGCAUCUUUCCAGUGUCUAUUGAAAAAGCAGAGAGGAAAGCGAGCUGCUUGGGAAUAUCCUUUCGCUGUUGCUGGUGUCAACAUCACGUUUAUGAUCAUGCAAAUGCUUGACCUUGAAGCCAGAAAACCCAGGACUUUCAUAAGAACAGUUUUCUUACAAAUGUUGUUAGAAAAUGAAUGGACCUUCGACUUGCUGUACUGCGUUGCGUUCAUGGUUAUGGACAAACAGUGGCUCGAGAGAAAUGCUACAUACAUGGAGUUCAAUGAUGUUUUGAAAUCGACGCGAGCUCAACUGGAGAGGGAGCUGCUAAUGGAUGAUGUUUUGCGGAUUGAAGACAUGCCUUCUUACAGCCUUCUUUGUUGAUGGGAACCAACCUAGAAUCUCUGCAAGCGCAUACUCUUUCGUUCCUUUUAAAAUCCAUGACUAACCGAAAAAUUGUACAAUUUCUACCUCCCUCACUCGGAGUAAGCAAUAUCAAUAGGGACAGUGGCGACAGUUUCACUGCAUACUUGCUCGUAUACAAAAUUGUAUGUUGACUGAAAUUAUUUUGUCUUGAAGGGUCCAGGAAGGCAAAUUAACUGCUUGUUUCGUUAUAUUA